AUGGGCACCAGCAAGAAUGCAGUCUCUUCUCCGAAUAUUUCGGAUGGAGAUGAUGUCUUAUCGUUGCAAUCUAGUGUAGAUUCCACAAGCAAUGACAACGAAGUGGUUCCUUUGCACAGUUUAACGUCUAGCAAUUCGGUUGAUUCCUCAUCAUUAGUAUACAGAGCCCAAUCGAUUGCUUCAAGCUUUGCCUCGUCCGUUUCCAGAAUUGGAGCACUUCAUAGGGCAAUCACAAGCAAUGUUCAGGAAGUUGUGAGCGAUAUCCACGAUGAUAAUCUUGUGAACACUGAGAGAGAGGAGGAAAAAAGAAAAACCCGUCUUGGAAGAGAGAUGACUAACUUAGGUUUGGACCAGGCUAUUCGUAUAGCCACAUACCGGUCUGAAAAUCCCGAGAAGUAUGAUAAGAUGAUGCAGCUUAAGGGUAAAGAGGGCGAGGAACAACUUGAAAGAGUUGUGACUGGCGUUUCUAAAGGUGCAAAGUUGCCACCACCUGAUAAAGGUUAUGCUUGGGUGAUGUCGUUGGUUGGCUUUCUGUUACUUCUUACAACUUGGGGCGCAAAUGGCUCGUACGGUGUUUAUUUGAGUUACUGGAUGAAUAAUAAUAUAUUUCCAGGUGCUGGAGCCAAGGAUUAUGCUUUAAUUGGCUCCAUGGUCUUGUGUUUGUCACAAUCUCUUUCACCAUUAGCGCAAAUUCUAUCUGCCAUUCUGGGUAUCAAGCCUGUGAUGAUUGUCGGCUUAAUUCUCUAUUUUGUUGGAUAUUUUGUGGCUUCAUACACACAUGAAUUGUGGCAGUUGUACCUCACACAAGGUUUUGUUUUGGGCCUUGGUUUCGCACUUAUAUUUAAUCCAAUGAACACUCUUAUGCCUGAAUGGUUUGAUAAAAAGCGUGGAAUAUCUUCUGGUAUUACUGUUUCCGCCAGUGGUGUUGGCGGUGUUAUGUUUUCACUUGCGUCUCAAAGCCUAAUUGAUCAGACUGAUGAUUUCAGAUGGUCCUUGAAAAUGAUUGGAAUUAUUUGUCUCGUUUUACAAAUUGUCAUUGUAGUGUUGACUAAGCCUCGAAUACCCAAGUCUAGGCUCAAAAACAUUAAUGAGAUUAGAACAAGGGCGUCUGUCAUGUUCAACUUUAAGAUCCUCAAGCUUUGGUAUAUCCACUCGAUCACCAUGUGGUUUUUGUUAGUUUUGGGAUGCUACAUCAUUUCCCUGUUCUCUCUUUCAUCCUAUUGCACAUUUGUUGGCUUUAGUCAAAAAGUUGGUUCGGAUAUGACUGCUGUGUUCAACGGAUGCCAAGCUAUUGGACGAUUGAUCAUUGGAUUGAGCUCUGAUUAUACGGGCAGAGUCAAUCUUGCAUUGGUUUUGAACGUCGUCAUGUUCGUGCUUAUUUUUGCCAUGUGGACUAACUCUUUUAGCUAUACUUGUAUUUUGUUUUAUGCCAUACUAUCAGGAUUGACCUUUGGCUCGGCAUCUACUUUAAACCAGCCAAUCUUAGCGGAUCAGGUGAGUCCAGAGCUAUUUCCUUCUGCCUGGUCAUUCGAAAAUUUCUUUAUGGGUAUUUGGGCGUUGGUUGUUGAAGUUAUUGCUUUAGGUUUGAGAGAUCAGGGACAGAAAAGACCCUUUAUACGAGCACAGAUAUGUGCCGGCUUUUUCUCAUUGGGUGGCUUCUUUUUCCUUUUGCCGAUUCGUGAACUCAAGAUUAAACUCUUCCUUAAAAAGCAACUUGCUCUCACAAAAAAGCAAUUAGAUGAUCCCGAUAGCACUCUUGAUACUGAAAUGCGCACCCUGCUAGAAAAGAGAAAAGCUCGUUAUUCCAGAAUGCUUGCUUCUGGCGUUAAGCAAUACUGUAAGCGUCUUGUUUAUCCUAUUAGAGUCUAG